GGGGUAAGCAGGACCUGGCACGGGUGCUCUCCGUGCUACUUCUCUGCGUUGGGCGUUUGCUUCUGCCCUCCGCCAUCUGAUCAGCUUUCCAGUUCGCUGGGAAGCCGGUUCAAAGGGCUGGGAGCAGGUCACACAUCUCUACAUUGCUCUGCUAUGCCCACCCUAGCGAAAUACCGCCUGCUCUCUGCCUUUCCUGAGAAACUCGCCUCCGGUCCGGGGUCAGGCAAGGAUGCUGAGGGGGGGAAGGGAGGGCGAAGACGCGCUCCGCGGCUCCGGGGCCCUCAGCUCGAAGGAUGUGCCUCUCUCCGGACGCCUGCCGGCAGCGGUUCGGACGGCACGGCCACCACAAGCCCCUGGCCCGCUGUGAGAGCCGGGUCCCGCAGACAAAGGCCGGUGCUGUGCCCCGGCGCUCCUCCCCGCUCUCAGCCUCUUCCUCAGGCCCGGCAGCGCUGCCUGGUACCGGCGCCCCGUCCCCAGGAGGCGCGGACUACAACUCCCAUCGCUCCGCGGCGUGGCGGCGGCCGAGGAAACGAAAGCAGCUGCCCCGGGAGCCGACUUCACCUUCAGGCCGCAGCAUGAACGGCAGCGUGGCGGACGGCGGACGGUUUUCCGAGGAGGUCAUCUGCCUCACCCGCAGACCCUCGGGGCUGGGCUUCAACAUUGUUGGUGGGACAGAUCAGCAGUAUAUUGCCAAUGACAACAGCAUCUAUGUCAGCCGGAUCAAAAAGGAUGGGGCAGCUUACCUUGAUGGGCGGCUACAGGAAGGAGAUAAAAUUGUAGCGAUCAAUGGCAAAGACUUGAAGGAUCUGCGGCACAAGGAUGCUGUGGAACUGUUCAGGAAUGCAGGCUGUGAAGUGUCUCUGAAAAUCCAGCGCAGGUUGCAGCCACAGAACGGCCCUGUAGGUCAUCAAGGUGAUGGAGAAUCAGGUGGUCUUCCUCUAGCAGCCCUUCUUGUGCCAGGCUUGGCACUUGCUGCAGGAGCAGUCUGGAUCUGGCUGAGGUAUCGACAGCGGAUGUGAAGAGUGCACGUUUUGGGUGCCACUGCCUCUUUUACACAGCUCUGAUGUAAUUUAAAGAUAGAGAAUCAACGAUCUUAUCACUGGACUGAUGCCAAAAAGGAUCAUUGCCUAUCAUAAAGCUGCUGCUGAUGUUCUUAAUAUAUUGAUUCUGUCACAGAGAGGAAGAGGGGAAGGGAGUUGGCUGUGUUCAUGUGGAGAGUGGAAUAGCUCUGGUUUUGACUCAUCUGAGGAGGUUUUGCCAUCCUUCUCUAUUUUGCACCACGAACUUUCAAACACACUCAUCUGUUCCAUAGUUUCAGAUGUGACUUGGUUUAAGGGGUGGGGCUUGGGGGUGGUUUUAAAUCAAAAACACUUACUAUAGAGGCUUUGCCUUGUUUCCACUGAAUUUUUCUUGCAACUGAUGAUCCCUGUCUGAACUAUGAAUAAAGAGGAGCAAUAUGGAGGGUAUAUUAUUUUUUCAAUUGAGUUUUUGUUGGUUUUGCUAAAUAAAUGCCUUAAG